GAGCUCUCACUUACGCUCCACCUCCUAACGGUCAAAACCUACAUGAAAAAGAGAGAUUUGAAGUUAGACUUGCAGCUGACAGAGAUAGACAAGAGAGAGGAGGGAGAGAUAGCAGGGGAGGACUGAAGAAAAUGAGACAGCUUUAAGAACCUGUUUCUGCAGCCUUUUCGGGCUGAGGGGACUGUAACUGGGAUGAGCGGCCUGGUGAGCUGGGCCUUGACUUUUUGUUAGCUGAGUGUGAGAUGGUCAUGUGAGAAAUAAAAAGAGAGAAAAAGCAAACAAAAAAAAAGAAAAGAAAAGAAACUUCCCUUUUGUUGCUACCUCAGUCGCCGUCAUAUCAAAAGUGCUUGAUGGCUGUUACGCAGGCUGUGCUCCCUUCCUUCAGCUCCUUCUCCAACCUCUCUCACGCCACCGACAAUAUGAAAGUGUGGAACACUGACAGUGGCUCUCUCCCCCUGGACUCUCGAAACAACAAACUGUCGCCCAGCAGCUCUGAGCAGCUGCAGGUCUCUCAACAAGUGACAGAGGAGCUCCUGGACGAAGACAGCCAGACUUCCUGGGACAUCGAGUUCCUGCUCUCUGAUUGGAGCAGCCCAUCACCUGACCUCAACCCCUCUCUGGACAACAAUGAUCAACGGCUACUACAGCUAGACACAAACAGAGCUUACCAAGAGACGGCCAUGUUUAAGGACCAACCAGGACAGGAGCAUCUGCAGAUGAACAAUGGCAGCCUCAUGGCAGACCUCCUGUCCCCUCCUGAGGCCACAACUUCGGUUCAGCCAGAGUUGUACCUCCCUGGUUAUGCUGAUGAUCAAACCGGUCAGACUUCAUUUCCUGGUCUACCCAAUGUAGAUCAGUUUGGCUUCACACAAGGAAGCAAUGUGGAGAGGCACAGCAGAGGAAACCUCAGUAAAGUCUCAUCAUGUGACUUUAACCCUUACUAUCCCCUGCAACACCCACCCAUGAUGACUUUCUCCGACAGCAGGUUUAUGCCACCUCAGGUUGUGACCCCUGACCCUCGACACUACAGCUACAUGCCACACUUUAACCACAACGCCAACCUUUUCUGUGACUACACCCACAGCCAGGCCAAGGGUCAUCUGCCCCUUCACCAGCAGCCUCUGCUGGUUGGACCACAGCUGCCCCCUAGUGGGGUGGAGGGGAAGCGUGGGCGAAGGCCGACAGGGAAAAAAAGGCCCGCCAUCCACAGCUGUGAAUACCCUGGCUGCAGCAAGACCUACACCAAGAGCUCACACCUCAAAGCUCACCUUCGCACACAUACAGGGGAAAAGCCUUACCACUGUUCAUGGGAGGGCUGCAGCUGGAAAUUUGCCCGCUCAGAUGAACUGACACGUCACUACCGCAAGCACACAGGCCAAAAACCAUAUGAGUGUCUGCUGUGUCACAGGGCCUUCUCUCGCUCUGACCACCUGGCUCUGCACAUGAAGAGACACGCCUGAUUUGCAUUUGGUUUGCACACACACACACACACACACACCACUGACCACUGCCACUUGAAUAAAUUAAAAGGCAGAGGAGCUUUACAGUCUACUGACUCUCAUUCUGACCCACCCAUAACACAGCCAACAGUAGGAUGGCCUCACAAGUUAUUGCAUGGGAAGAGUUUGUUUGUCUGUUUUUGGUUUACUUCAAAAUACAAAUGAGGCUAAUCUAAUUCAGCGGCCCUUACCAUGUGACAUGAGCUCUUUUGCUUUUGUUUGUUAUUCAUUGGUUAAAGAGUGACCAACAUGUAAUGACUGCUUAAGCAAUAGCACUUAAAGGAGUCCUCCGUUGAUUUUUGCAUUGCACUACGGACCCACAAUGAACAGACAAAAAUACAGAAAUGAAUGCAAGAGAGAUAGGAGAGAUAUUAUGGCAUGGUGCCUGCAUUGCCCACAAUGCAAUGUGACCGCUGACAGCUCUGUUAGAUAUUUGGGUAUGUUAUCGGUUUUCUAAGCUCACUUCUUUCUAACUCCACUGACACUGACCCCAGAUUUAGUGCAGCUCAGCUACAAAAGGCUUUUAACAGCAGCACAUACUACAACAUAUAAAUUCACUUGUAUGUGUGUUCUUCUUUAAUGUGACAGGUUGUCUAGGUUCCAGUUUAACUUAUGUGAACUCAAACUGAUUACCUGGAAAUAAUUUGUGACUUUCACAAUAAGACUGCCAGAGACAUGGAUUAGCAAAAGUGGAAUAUUAUAUCUAUUUAUAAUACAGACACACAAAUGUAUUUUUUGAUGACCUUACUUGAUUUAACACCUUUCCUGUCCAAAACUCUAACCACAGCAGCAUGUCUGACCUCAAUAUUCACCCUAAAAUUACGUGAAGAGAACUAAGUCCAAAAUCAAGAUUUUGUCUUUACUCAACCAACUGCAGAAAUGAAGGACAGCCAAAAUGUAUUCAACCUCGAUGUCAAAAAAUCAAACUGGACCUCUCAAAAUAUAAGUACUUUGGUUAGGACCAGUACAAGAACACAACUACAAUGUAAAGUUAGCAUGCCUUCAGCAGUACCAGAUAGAUAGAUAGACAAACACUGUACACACUGUGCACAUGCAGACAGCAAACAUUAACACUAAGAAAAAACCUACCAAGAAAUGUGUGUAUUAUGGGUCAUACCGGCAUACACAGCAAUAUAUCCUGUAGGAUCUCAUGGCACACAGAACAAAGUCAUGACUGCUUAGUAACAAUGCUUAGCUGUAUUACUGCUGAGACGAUCUGAUAUCUCUAUCUGAUUUCUGUUAGAACUUUAUUUUAUCUUUGAUUGUAAUAUUGAUUGUAAUGCAAACAAACCAUAACUUAUAUGCUAAACUAUUUGAUUUCACAGUAAAUGCAGGGUUAUGUAUAUUUGUCAUCUACCUUUAUGUUUGUCUGUUUGGGGAAUUUUUAAUUUAAGAAAAAAACAUAUAUGCUUUUCUCUCUCUCAUCAAGCAGAAUUUAAAACUGUAAAUAAUCUGCAGCGUUCUCAGUUGUUUGUAAUCAUCUAAAAAUGAGCAACAUAUUUAUUAAGAUAAUCUUUUUUAUCAAUAGAAGAUACUAUAUUAUUGUAUGUUUUUAUAUCUCCAAAAGAGUGCUUUCGGGUCUUUUAACUAUUGUUUUCAUUGUCAUAAUUCUAAUAAAGACUAAUGCU